CAGGAAGUAGUUUAAUUUUGGUGUAAACGUAAAUGAUGGCGCCAGCUGUCCUUGUGCACGUCAAAACAUUUGCAGUAAUUCACUUUGCAUAAUCGUAGUCAUCAUGGCUUCGUUUGGCUGGAAGAGGAAGGCCGGUGAGAAGGUGUCCAAGGCGGUGGUGCAGCAGUUCGAGCGGGAGUCGGAGGAGAAGAAGGAGGAUCCCGAGGGGGAGGGAGAGGGGGUGGACUGGCUACACGCCAUCAAGCGCAAGAAGGAGGCACUGCUGGAGGACUGCGCCACCAGAAGCCAGCGGCUGAAGAAUGAGGGAGCACUGCUGGCCGAGCAGGGCAGGCACUGGGAGGCCAUUAAGCGUUGGGACGAGGCGAUCCAGUUGACUCCAGAAGAGGCUCCACUGUACGAGAUGAAAGCUCAGGUCUUGACCACCCUACAGGAAGUCUUCCCGGCAGUACAGGCAGCAGAGAUGGCCGCCAAGCUCCGCCCACACUGGUGGGAGGCGUGGCAGACCCUGGGCCGAGCCCAGCUCAGUAUGGGGGAGGUGGAACUGGCGAGCCGCUCCUUCCAGGUGGCGGUGCACCUGCGUCCGAGUGAGCGCCCCCUGUGGGAGGAGGACCUGGCCUGGGCCAGUAAGCUGCGCGCCCAGAAGCGCCGCGCCCAAUCGGCCGCCUCGCAGGAGGAGGAAGCUCGCCGCCUAUUGGACGAGGCGCCCGAGCUGAGGCGGGACUACGACGACUUUGAGAGCGAGGAGGUGAUCGCGGCGUGCGCCGCCGUGGCCGAGCGGCAGAGGAGGCACGAGGAGGCGCGCAGGACGGCCGUGGUGGUGGCCGCCCAGGGCGUCACCGUGGAAACGCUGCGCACCGACACGGAGAGGCCGGCCUGCGUCGCCGCCUCGCACAGUGACUUUGUGAAAGCCCGGGGGCUGUAGUGAGCCGUUCACCCAGCUGGACUCUUAUCACCCAUGAAAUUGUUGGUCUUGUGUUUGAUUUUGUUUCAUUAUUUGUGUAGUUAAUUAUAGUUUGAGUUGAUAAUGUGCAUAUAAUGAUUAAUGAUGCUUAUCUGUGUUUGUGUGUAUUGGAAUAAAUCUUCUUGUGUAUACACCUACGUAGACAGGUCAUGCAUACCUGUAAAUAUAAGGUACUUAAGAUACUAUUUACUGGGCUUCUAUUGUAGCCAGACCGUGCCCUCCUAGUGACGCAACACCUUCAGCGUUGCUUCUGGUCAGGCCAGGAGCAACACAAAUAUCAUUUCUGGGUUCCGGAAAAAUCAGGAACUCCUCGCACUUUGUCGGGAAGCAAACAACCAGUAACAAACCAAGGGAGGCGGGUCAAUUAAUGCCGUUUGGGAAAUGUUAAUUGUAAUGCUCUUGGUCAGACCAAGUCUUGAAGAGAUUUGAAAGUUGAUGAUAAUCAGGCUACUUCUAUUGAACAUGGCAGUCUGAAAGAGUGUCAGGAAAGUGCUGGGAGAGAGAGGUGGGAAGUGACUCAGAUCCCCAGAUCUAUGGAAUGGCACCUUAGCCCAGUGUUUCCCAACCAAGGGUACGUGUACCACUAGGGGUACGCGAGCACACUGCAGGGGGUACUUGGAGAAAUGAAAAAACAUAUGCAGCACAGUCACAUUGGUAUAUAGAACAUGAGUGAGGGGGUACUCGUGGUAUGACAAAAAGGCUUAGGGGGUACGCAAGACAAAGAAGGUUGGGAAACACUGCCUUAGCACACUGAGCCACGGCACCACCUAUUACUGUAGUUUUGAGGAGUGCGUAGGGCUCUUGACCCUGCCCACCCAAACAGAGAUUCUUUAAGUAUAUAGAGAUAUGCCAACAUAAUAGGUUUCUAUGGGCACCUAACAUGACCAGGUUCCGGUCUGCCUAAAGGGCCGUGUCAUAAUACUCCUAGCAUUGAAUAGAACAGUCCUUAGGUCUGCCUAGGUCUGCCUAAAGGGGGCAAUAAUAGAACCAGGAAACAAUGGGCCAAUGGAACCUCUCUCUCUCUACUCUCUCUGACCCAAGCCUUCCUGAGAAUUUCAGCCAGUCUUCAGUCUUCCUGUGUCAUUCGACCAUUUCACUCUUUUCUUU